UAAAAUUAAGUUUGAGGUUUAAGUUUCUUUGCUGCAGCUGUUCCACAGAUUAACUCCUUUGACUUAUAAUACAGUGCAUUUUUGUGUUUCCCCUGGGAUGUUUGUUUUCUCUUAUUUGAAACAACUUUUGGAUGCCCUCUGAUUUGCUUUGUACAUGAUCUGAACCAAAUCCUUAAACAUUAGUGCCUUCAGUUUGAUGAAGAAACUGAAUAAUAAGCAGACAGAUGUGAUUUUGUUUAAUAAAGACUUGGCUUUUUGUAUUCCAACAAAGAUUGAGAUCAAAAUAUCAAACAUAAUCGUUUUUUAAUUGUAGCGUAAAUAAGCAGGUAGAUGUGAUUUUGUUUUAUAAAGAUUAGUCUGAUCCGGUCGACACACGAUGUCUGAGUUACUGAAAGAAACGUGACGUGUUGUUGCUGCUCUCCCUGGGCUCUCCUCUGCCGAAGACUAUAACUCCCAGAAUGCUCACUUCCUGGUCGAAGACAUCUCAGCCAAUCAGAAGCCUCCUAGGUUUAUGGCAGCUAUCUGGGGCACGGGGCCAGCACGUCUAGCCAGCUCGAAGUGCCACGACUUCACAGCAGCAGCAGCAGAGGAGCUUGGAGGAGGGGGACAGGACUGGACCCGAAGAAAAGAAGGUUAGAUAGGUAGCUGGGUGAAUAGUUAGAUUUACACUCUUCAUCUUCAACUCGAAUCGUUUCCCCUCUGUCUGUUUUCCUUUCAAAGUAAGCGCGUAUUUCCAUCACAGGCGGGGUAAGUAUGGGUUUUAUUCAGGCUAGCAUCAGAAGCUAUAUACUGCUAACCCCUGAGCUAACUGCCUGUGCAGAGAAAAAAAAACAGCCGUUUAAAGUUAUAAAAAACAAAAUAAGUUUUCUUCCUCUUCGGCGUUUCACUAUACAGUUUUAUUAUGGCUUUUACAGCGCAGUUUCGUUACAUAAAGCGACACUUUGUACUAUAAUGUGCAGGACGAUAGCCAAGUUCAUUGAUUCAAAGUGUUAGCUGGAAUGCUAAGUUAAAGAAAAUAAAGAAUAAUGUGCCAAAUUAAUUUAAAAAAGAAGAGUGCUUUGGUUUUCUUUCAGUGUCGAUUCAGGUGUUUUUAAAUGUCGGUAAAUAAUCCUUAAAGUUUGAUUAGUUUGAUAGUAAAAAAAACUGUGGUAGAAGUUUUUGGAAGUUGUUGAAUCUGAGCUCAUUUUGUGUUUUAUUUGCAGCCAGUUUAAUCUGUUUAUAAGUGUUUUGAUUAAAAUCAAGUACAUGCAUUAAUAGAGAUGGUAUUAAAGCUUAUUAAGUCUGUGGAUUUUAUUCAUGCACCUCUUUAGAUGUCCAUGAAAAGAAGCAACCUUUGAGAGAGGACUAAAAUGAUGUACUUGUGCAAGUUUGCAGUUACUUAAAUGACAUUUUACUUCAUCUGAAGUAAAACUACAUCUGUGUCUACUUACUGUAGUAAAAGAUGAAGUAUUUUAUUUGAUACUUAAAGUACUGAGCAGCACAUACUUUCAGCUGAUGGUGUUGGGGAUCAGGGUGAGAAAGCUGUGUCCCCCCCUAAUCAUGUAAAGCAUAUUUAACAAAGAUUAUUAUUAUUAUUGUGAUAUAACCAACAGCAUCAAUGUAAAGUGGUUUUAACUCUGUACACAUUACAGGUGAAGUAACAGAGUAUUUUUGCUGCAUAUUUUAAUAGAAAUAUGCAUAAACUUUAUCUAUUCAGUACAUUUUAAACAGUGUUACAAAGUGAUUUACAAAAGACAAGAAAGAAAUGAGAAUUAUAUCGACAAAAACUUAAGAUUUAAGUGUUAAAGAUGAAUGAAAUAAAAAGAAAAGAAAGCAGUUUAAAAGUAAAGACUUGGAAAAAAUGUAAAUGAAAAAAAAUCCUGAUUUAAAUGUGAUACAAACAACAGCAUCAACGUGAGGUGGUUUCAACUCUGAACACAUUCAGGUGAAGUUAUUGAGUAUGUUUGCAGCGUAAUUUAAUAGACUUUAGUUAUUCAGCACAUUUCAAACAGUGUUACAAAGUCAUUCACAAAUUUAAAAAAAGAAAUGUGAGAAUUAUAAUGACAAAAACCUCAAAUUCAAGAGGCAAAAAUGAAUGAAAUAAAAAGAAAAGAAAAUAACCAACAGCAUCAAUGUAAAGUGGUUUAAACUCUGAACACAUUCAGGGUAUUUUAAUAGACUUUAUUUAUUGAGCACAUUGUAAUAAUUGAUUUACAAAUUACAAGAAAGAAAUGUGAGAGUUACGUCGACAAAACCUUAAAAAAAUAAAAGAAAUAAAGAUUAAAAAAACAAUUUAAAUGUGAAGACCAGAAAAAAACAUGGUUAAAAACACGAACAUGUAUUAAAAAGACAGUGUUGAGUAAAGGCUUAAAAUAAUCAAAUGAUCAAAGAUCGCGCCUGUGAUAUACAGCCUGAACUAGAAUAACAGCAGCGUGUCGAGGAUUAAAACACACCCUGAUAAAACAUCUCCUCGUAAAAAUGUUUUCAAAAGUGAUUUCAAAGAGGAUCGAGAGGAUGCCAAUCUGAUCUAAGGGAGGUUGUUUUGUUUUCACUGCGAGUAUUUGGUAGAUGAUCCAUGAAUACUUAAGACAGGACUGAGGUCUGCUGUCAGGAGCCAGAAAUAAAAUCUCAAUUAUAUGAAUGAAUUAAAAGGGGCUGCAAAUGUGGAAAGUGAAAUUAAAAUUAAAUUAUUUAAGAUGAAUUAAUUAAUCAUGAAUAAGUUCCUCGAAAUAAGAAGCACUUAUUUCAAAGAAGUAUUCUUAAAAGGACCGCUGGGGUGAAAAUGGCUUAAUUUGACUAGAAAACCUUCACAUGGUGAAAUUACUGCAGUGUAGAUACCAUCCAAUCAGUAAUAGUUGGUGGAAAACUAUUAUAUUAUUUUUUAACAUUUUUUCCACUCAGUAACUGAUGCUGAACUGAACUGAAAUAUAAUAAAAGUAAAAUCAUACUCAGCCACAUUAAUGUUAAUCCUAUUAGCUUACUGUCUCAUUAUAUUUACAGGCAUAGGAACAAAAUUAAGAACUUUAUUAACUAUCAUAAAAAUACAUAAUAUGUGCAGAUAUGUGAGCGAUAUAAAAAUACGUUUGCUCACAAGUAUUUACUAUACUAUAAAUAACUAUAUACUAACUAUAAAUGUCAAAAUAGUUUGAAUAAGAUCAAACAUUAUUAAGAUAAGUUUGGACUGUUAGUGGGUUCUCAAAUCAGUUUUCUUUUGAACUUUUAUUUCCCACAGAGAAAAACAAACAAAAAUGAAGGACAUCAAAAAAUGUAAAAUGAUAUAAAAUAAGUGCUUAAAACCAUAAAGUGUAAUGAAAAUGAUAUUUUCCUUCAUAAAAGUCCUUCUUUUAUGUUUUAAAAUCUGUUCAUAGUGACUGUAACAGUAAAUGAAACGUAAAGGAAGUCCUUAAACCUCUUCUGGUCAGUCUGAGUGGAGAUUUAUUUGCAUGUGACGUCAGAGAUAAGGAAGCACUUCAAACUUUUCUCUUUGGCUUCCAGCGCUCGGCUCUGCAGUGGAAAAGGACUCUGGACUCUGUUGUGAUGAUUUUCGUGGAGCUCAGCAGUUUUUCUUUACUGUGUCAUAAUGUGGCUUUCUCUAAAAAAACACGUGAACUACAACUUGGCUCCAUUUUUAGCCUCAACCAUUUUGUCUUUGUUUGAGUUGAUUUUAAAAAGCACAUGUAAAUCAGAUGGUCCAAACUGAAAACACAUAAUCAGUAAAAAAAAGUUAAAUUACAAAAAAAUGUUUAAAUUCAUUCAUAUUUAAUGAUAACUCUGCAAAAUCAAUCUGAAAAAAAGGGUUUAAUCCUCAGGCUAAAGCUUUGGUUUCUGACAUGCCCCUUUAAGAGCCUUAAAAGGAUGUUUUAAAGAUCCUUAAAGGGGUGGGGGUUUUAUGCAGCACAGGAAGUUAUCACUAAACUUGAGCCAACUGCUCCAAAGUUUGGCAGCUGCUGUAAACGUUGUGUACUUUACCUACUUCAGCUGCAACAACACUGCAAGUAGCUGAUUUAUUUCUCUGUUACCGCUCAAGAUUUCCAAAUUACCUUUAACUGAAACUUUUCACACACAGACCAUCAUUUUAUUUCAGAGAGUUUGAUUUAUUAAUCGGCGCAUGUUUGGGUAGAAAUACUGCAGCUUUCUCAAGUUUAAUCCAUCUUGUUCAGACAUUUUAUUGUGCGAAUUAAAAAACGAUUAGGGGACGUGUUUUCUCAGGAGGACUGUUUGUGUUGUAUACUUAGAGGGAGGGUGAUUCUUCCCCUGCUGCUGUUAUUUCAGUCAGUGUUGACUUUGGCACAGUUUGCAUUAGUGCGACACUUCAUAGUGAGGCAGUCAGGAAACUGUGAGGGUGAAUUGAAGCUGUAUGAACACGUAUUUAACUCUGAGUGGUGGGCUGAACAGCUGAUAUUUACCAAUGAGUUUGCUGAUAAGAUUCGCCCCUUUGCCUUCAGCCAGCAUGGGGGCAAAAGUUAAAGGGCGUAACAGUGACACCCCGAGGCUGCUGAAGGUAGGAGAUGUGGCUCCAUCACUAUCUUGUCUCAUCAGCUGCUUACUCAGUUUGUUUACCUUAAAAUUUUCCUGAUCAUUUUUUAACCUCAAAGAAAUCUCUGUGGUUUAGUAUCUGUUCAUAUUGAUUUGUCAGGGGUGUGAUUAUUCUGGAUUUACCUGGGAUUCCUGAUUUUUCUGACCGAAGUCAUCAUGCCAACGUUUGUUUGGCAGGGCCUGACACCAACUUUGUUCACAUGUGCUCCUGAGUUGAAAAAGUGAGGAGCACACAAAGAACUUUGAGGGCACAAUAAAAAUUGAUCAAAUACUGUGUGUCUUAUUGGUCGACAUAAGUACUGUUAUUUGAAAUCCUUUUCAGGUCUUUUGGUCACAUGACAUGAAAACUAUCGAAGAAAAUGUUGAAAAUUUGCCUUUAAAAUCAAACACAAAAUUUUUUUAGAAGACAAAUUAGGGAAAUAAAGAGGUGUAUCUUAUCACCCGAACUUAAUACUAUUAGUUAUAAUCAAUUUUAGGUCAAUUGGUCACAUGACAUGGAGGCUGCUGUUGCUAUUCUCGGUUAUGGAGAGUGAGAAGACACCGGUAGAUCCGCAGUGAAUGUCCGUCAGAUAUCCAACCUAAAACUAACUUCACCGCUGUAUUUACAGGAAAAUAUAUCCAACCUGAAACUAACUUCACUGCCUUAUUCAUAAAAGCAAUAAAAAUAAUAAUACAAAAAAUACAAUGUAAUAAAAAACCAAGUGUCACCACGCUACUGUGUAUUAAAAGCCAGCAUAUAUAAGUUUGUUUUUAAUCAGGAUUUAAAAAGGCCCAGGUUGUAAAUAAGUCUCAUUUCAGUAGGGAGUUUAUUCCAGAGCGUGGGACCAGCGACUGAAACGUCUCGGUCACCACAGUGUUUGUAUUUUGACCUCGGCACCUCCAGCAAAAGUUGGUUUGACGACCUCAGAGCUCUACCAGCUCCCAAACUGUUAAAAGCUCAGUUAAAUAGAUGAGCGUGAGGCCGUUAAGAGCUUUGAAAACAAACAUUUAAAGUUUAAAAUCAAUCCUAAAAGAGACGGGAAGAUGGUGAAGAGAGCUGAGGACAGGAGUGAUGUGCUCACGUCUGUUAAUGUUGGUUAAAAGACGGGCAGCAGCAUUCUGGACAAGUUGAAGGCGACUAAGAGAUGAUGAUGUGUUUGACCUUUUCCCCUUUUCUCUUUUAGGUAAUUAAAAAAAAAAACUGAAGACAUGGAUAUCUACGACCCCCAGACCCUCGGCAUCAUGGUGUUUGGUGGAUUCAUGGUGAUCUCGGCUCUCGGGAUCGCCCUCGUCUCCACCUUCUCCAUGAAGGAGACCUCGUAUGAAGAAGCUUUGGCUAAACAACGCAGAGAGCUGGGUAAGAUCCAGUCCUCUCGCUCCGACAAAAAGAAGAAGGACAAAGUUUCUGAGAAGAAGAGCCGCGGUAAGAAGAAAGAGGAAAAGCCAAACGGAAAGAUCCCAGAGCCUGAGAAAGUCCAAGAGGAGGCUGAAGCAGAACCAGUCAUCGAAGCUGUUCCUGCUCCAGUUGUAGCUGCUGCACCGGCUCCUGUCCCCGAGCCUGUCCCUGCUGUGGAGGUGAUACCGGCUGCAGCUCCAUCACCAGCAGAAACCCAGACCAAGCCUGCUCCUGAACCAAGCCCUGCUCCUGCUGAGCCUUCUCCUGCACCAUCCCCAAAAGAGAAGAAGAAGAAGAAGGUAGCCAAGGUGGAGCCAGCCUCUAGUCAGCCAGCUGCUGCCCCUGCACCAGUCAAGUCCUCCGCAGCCCCUGCAGCAUCCCAGGCCCCUCCAGCCGCCCCAACUAAAGCAACCGCCCAGCCUGCACCUGCAAAGGCCACCCCUGCAUCCACAAAGUCUGCUCCUGCCGCUGCAUCUGCCAAACCUGCCCCUGCACCGGCAAAACCUGCCCCUGCACCAGCCAAGUCUGCCCCUGCACCAGCCAAGUCUGCUCCAGCUCCAACGAAGUCUGCCCCAGCUCCGGCAAAGUCUGCCCCAGCUCCGGCAAAAUCUGCUCCAGCACCGGCCAAGUCUGGACCAGCACCGACCAAGUCUGCUGCAGCCCCAGCUAAGUCUGCACCAGCCCCGGCAAAGUCUGCACCAGCCCCGGCAAAGUCUGCUGCAGCCCCAGCUAAGUCUGCACCAGCACCAGCGAAGGCCGCCCCAGUUCUGGAAGCUGUCACUAAAGAAGUCCCGGUGCUGGCAGUACCCCCGGUAGGAUCUCAGCCGCCACCUGCUGCAGGAGGAAAAACACAAGAGCCCAAGAAGAAGGCGUCCAAGAAGAAGACUGAGCCAGGUGAGCCGGACUGACACCGUAGUUUUUGUUAAGACUUUAUUCAAACAGGUUUAAACCUGGAGAUUUUACAUUUGUACAUAAAUCACAGAGCAAAGUAAAGGAAGUCAAUGGUGUAAAUAAUAGAUGUACGAGACUUCCUUUAAGGCACCUGACAAAAGUGCAGUGAAUGAAUGAACGCUAUUAUCCUGGUUUUUACCUUUUGACAUUUUGUAUUCAGUUAAUCAUGAAGGUGUCCCUCAGGGAUCAACGCUAGGUCCUUUUUUGUUUUGUUUGAUUGGAUCAAACAAACUAAAAGUCCUCUACAAUGAUAUUUGGGACCCCCAAAAAAACUUUAACCCAACUCUCAGACCCAUUUUUACGACAUAAAGUCUCUACCUAACAAAAGGUUAAAACUUUUGAAUGUCCUCACGUUUUGCUUGACUGGGAAUUAUCAUUUAAAACCUCAUAAUUUUCGUUAUAUCCUCUGCAGAGUCAACUUUUCUAUCAGUGUUCAGUAAAGAUCUCCUUUCUGACUGAGACACGAUACUCCCAAGUCUAGAUCAGUGGUUCUCAACUGGUCUCCCUCUGGGACCCACAUUUUUCCACAGUCCUCAAGUCACGACCCACUUUUAUAAAAUUCAAACCAAGAAAAUUUGUUUCUUAUAAAAAAAACUUUUAAAGACUCAAAUCUUUGACAUAAACACACCUGUUUUAUUGAGUAAAGUGCAUUUCAGAGCACAUGAACUGAGGACGACAACUACUGAAGUUUCUUUUACAGAAAAUAUCAAAUUGCGCAAAAUGAAAAAUUUGACUUAUCUGCAUCUCUGCAUUCAGAGCAUAUUCAGAAGAACCUGAGGAGGACAGAAGUGAAUAAAUAUCAAAUUACAAAAAAUAAAGACAAAAAAAAUCAUGUAUUUUUCUGCAUUCAGGCCACAUUAAUAAGAAACAGGGGAGGACCACGACACAACAUGUGCCUUUCAAAAUAAGCUAUUUUCCAAAAUAAAAGACAUGUCAAACAUCAGACGGGCAAUAUUAACUUUUUUGACCAGCUGUUCGCGACCCAUCCAGAACGUGUCCGUGACCCACUUUUAGGUUCAGAAUCACUGGUCUAGAUUAUGGACAAAGAGCACCAAAGACACUUGGAUUUAAAUAUGAAUUCAGAGCAAUAUUUAACAUUUAAGUCUUCAACUUGUGUUUUAAAGUGUCCACCGUCAUCGAAGCAUUAUGUACUCUAAAGGAAAGUUUGCAGAGUUCAGUUUAAAGUCUAGAAACGGUCAAUAAUCUACAUCGAGUCCACCUACGACCUCGUCAAGGAUCACAGAAGGUCAGCAGGUCUGAUAAGUGUCCUGGACUUGAACACUUGAGCUCUGAUAAAGCUCCGACUUGAAUGUUUUCGCUCAGCGGUAAGAUCCUGUCAGAGCUGAUGAACUCCUCGCUCUGUAUCCGUUGAAAAUAGUGCCAGUGGCAGCUGUAGGUAACGUCUGGCACUCAGCUGUGGAGGGCACAGAGCACGCCAGCUUGUCCAAACACCACGGCCCUGUUUUGUUAGCUGACAAAGGCGCUCAGUGCCCUGACAAUGGGCGGGGAGGCGGGGGUGGGCGUCUCCUUUGCCUGAGGCUUGUCUCCGCCUGGUGCCACAGUGCCCCAUCAUUUUACCACAUGAAGCCUGCCAGGGCUGCAGACCCCGGAGGACAAGUCCCAACCUUGUCCUUUUCCUGAGUAUGUGAAGGAAUUCAGACGUCACAGCGACAGCCGAACAAACUUCACCGUCUUUGGUUUCCGAUCUGAAAUAAAACGUGAGGAAACUAGAGACGAGGAGUUCAGGUGAUGAUCUUUAGGAGGUCAGGAUAGGUGACAUAAUUUAAUUACAUGUGACUAAUCUUGAUCUGCUGUUCUGGUGUGUGUGUCCCCCCCCCCUUUAGUGGCAGCUGUUGACUCUCCUGACGCCCCUCUCUACCUGCCCUACAAGGCUCUGGUGUCCACCAUCAGCAGCAUGGUGUUCAGCGAGGGAGAAGCUCACAGACUCAUCGAGAUCCUCUCAGAGAAAGCCGGCAUCAUUCAGGACACCUGGCACACGGUACGACACGUAUCAGUCAGUGAAGAAAACACCCGCUCGCCCAGUUCAGGCUGAACAGCUGAUUUAUCUUUGCUGGUUUUCUGCAGGCCACUCAGAAAGGAGACCCAGUGACUGUGCUGAAGAAGCAGCUGGAGGAGAGGGAGAAACAGCUGGCAGCGGAGCAGGAGGACGCUUCAGCAGCGAAGAACCGCCUCAGAGAACUCACCAAGGUGAGCCUCACGAAAACGCCAAAGUCACGCCGUAUCAAACAACUGCUUUAUAUAAGCCCUGACCACCCUGAAACCCCCAAAACCACAUUCACAUCCUCUACUUCCUCUCUUCACUCUUGAUGUUAUGACGCCGCAACCCACAGUGGAGGAAGUUUCCGCUCUUUCAGGUCUUUUAGUUAGAAAUUUAAAGGACCAAAAUAUAUUUUUGAGGUUAAAUAAAACUUUAAAUCUUAAAUCCAAGCCUCUGCAGAAGGUUCCUGCUGAGAAAUCAUUGAAGCAAACUCUGUGAAUGAGAGAAAAUAUCUGUUUCUAAGUUUGGCCUCAAGGUGGCAGCAGAGGAAAUAACAACCUGCUACCUGAGUCUUCCAGAGUCAAUUUUAACACCAGUGUCUGCACCCUUUUUUUUAACCUUUUUGUCCUGAGGGUGGCACAACAGGAAGUUCAUCAAGAUGACCACAAAACAAAAGAACAAAACAUGCAAUGUUUUGUUUUCGUAAUAUUCUACCUACUGGAAUUUCCUUUUUUUAUGCAACCCUCCUCUGCACAUGUUAUUCCAAUCUGUUCGUGUAUUUUUAAAGAACUGAGAUGUUCUCAGACUGAACCAAGUUUAUCCUCAGAGAAGACCACAGCUGUCUUUACUGAAUUAAAUGGUAUUUAUGUUAUCUAUACAGACCCCCGAACUGACUCUGAGUCUUCUCUCUGACUCUGUUUGAUCAGGAACUUUCUGCUGAGAAGUCCAAGGUGGCCGGUGUGGAGACGAGGCUGAGCGCUCAACUCAGUAAAAGGGAGCAGGAAAUGAUCGCUCUGCAGGCUCGCAUGCAGGCCAGUUACCAGGACCACGUAGCACAGACCCAGGCGCUCAAUGCAAAGGUGAGCUCACACCUAAACUCUGAUAGUUCCUCACUGAGAAACAUUUAGGAUGUUAUCUGGAUGAUCUGGCUCCUUAUUAGAGGUGAUAAUGUUUUAAAAUUCCUGAUUGUACAGGUCGUCAGCCUGCAGGACCAGCUGGAGAAAGGUCCGAAUGCCCAGCUGGCUCGUCUGCAGCAGGAGAACUCGAUCCUCCGUGACGCACUCAACCAAGCUACCAGCCAGGCCGAGAGCAAGUGAGUCCUUCCUGGUCUCAGCAAAUGAAACCCAGUGAUCCAGAAAGACAUCCGAAAUACCGAUAUGAACUCUGUCUCCUUCAUCCCGUCCUCAGACAAAACGCAGAGCUGGCCAAGCUGCGUCAGGAAUGUGCAAAGUUAACCAAAGAACUCGGAGAGAAGACGGAGGGUCUGCUCGCCGAUGAGCACAUCAGGAAAGGGCUGGAGGCCAAGGUCUCCGCCACCGAGAAACAGCUGUCCGUGCUGCAGGUGAGCGAGGCCGCGCAUGGUCUCUGUUUUCGGUUUAAAAGUUGAAGAGUGGUGAUAAAAACGUCUGCAUGAAGACUGCACAGUGCUGAAUACAGUUGAAGUCUUUCUUUAAGAACAGGAUUAAAACUGCUGUUUGUGUAUACGUGCACAUUUUAAAUCUGGCUCUCCGGUUUCUUCCCUCUGAAUUUCAAGAGCAGAUUUAGCUCUCGCCACGCCGUCUGAUUAGUAAGUGAUGUUUGAGAGGAGCUACACGGUUGGGGGUUCCUGUGACGUCGGUGUUCUCUUCAUGAAAAUGAUUUUUUUCUGCAUUUAAAAAAAAAAAAAAAAAAAAGUCUUUGUUUGUUACAGAGCGUCAACAAAACUGCGAGUGGAGUCCUUCCAGCCCUCUAAUGUUAAGGCAGGUUUAAUUGCCUGAUAAUCACAGAGCCCAGGGCUAGACAGGAAUGCAGCGGUACAAUAACGGCGCCGCGGGGGAAAAACAGCUCGGUCUCUGUAACAGCUGGAAUGUGUGCGUGUCAAAGCACCUCUCCUGCAGCUGUCUGCAAAGAGCGAGACCAGAGUGAUGCUUCUUAAACUCAGUCCAGGACUUUAUCAGGAACUGUGCCGUUCAGCCGACACACACUGGCUGUCGUUACUCUGAACUGUUAGCGGGCGAUUCUGCGUCCUGAUGGUCGAAGGUUCAUGUUGGUUAAUCAUUUUUUAACCUUCUUCCUUCUUAGCAGUUCAGGGUCUUUAGAGACGUUACGUAACACCUCUGGCUGUCAAAGAACAUGUACUCUGCCUCUCUGUGUGUGUGUGUGUGUGUGUGUGUGUGUGUGUGUGUGUGUGUGUGUGUGUGUGUGUGUGUGUGUGUGUGUGUGUGUGUGUGUGUGCGUUCUUGGACCAUUUCAGACGUUAAGCAAUCAUCAGACUUUUGAACUCCUCCCUCAGAGACCGUCACACCCUCAGUCAGUAGUCCUCACCUGGACUCUGCUGACUGUUUACAUGUGUACUUUUUUACUAUUUUGUGUUGUUGUACAUGCUUGUAUAUCACCGCUUUAUUUUUACUUAUUUUAUCUAUUAUUUAUCUCCUCUUUCUACUUUGUUUUAUAUAGUUACUGUGACAAACAGCAAUUUUGCCCCCUGGGGAUUAUUACCUCCGCAAAGGAGGUUAUGUUUUCGGUCGCGUUGGUUUGUUAGUUUGUCUGUUAGCAACUUUACGGAUAAAGUUACAGACGGAUUGACCUGAAGCAUUACCUGACUCAAGAAAAUGAGUCGUCUGCGUCACAGUUCAUCAUGUAGGUAAAAAUAAUCAAAUAUUCUCUCGUCUGUGAGUGUUACAGCCUCACCUGCCUCCUCUCGCUCCUCUCCCUGCUCUCCUCUCUCCACCCGAGGUUAGGACAAGGUGUUAAAGAUGCCGCGGUGAAGCUCUGAACUUUAACAGAGGAACAGGGAGGGUGAGCUGAAUUUGCCACAAAUAACAAAACGAGGGAGCGACAGCAGGCGGCACAGUGAUGUUCAGUCAGGUUGAUUAUAUUUGUAUGAUUGUGGGGAGCUGUAAUCAUGACAGAUCGCCCAGCUUGAUGAACAAUGAUGAGUAUUUAACUUUCAUCUGUGAAAACAUUGUUGCCACGCCUGUAGAGUAAAUUUGACAGGCGUACCGACAUGUCAUCUAAAGAAACAGGAGCUGGUGCGUCCGUGUGAAUCAGAGUCACCGCAGAACGUGAUGGUUGAGUGAGCCUUUGCUGCCCUCUGCUGCUGCCGCUGAUGUCCGUGACUCAUUCGAUUGUUUUUGUCUCCAGGCCAGCCAGGCGGAGAGCGAGCAGGCGUUACAGAGGAGACUGGAGGAGGUCUGUGAGGAGCUGAGAGCAACCCAGACUAAGAACAGCAGCCUGCAGGCUUCUGUGGAUCAAGCCCAGCAGGAGAGCAGCGCGCUCUCAGGUCAGAGGACGGAGUCUUCAUGGUACAGGUUUUUUCCUUUAAGAUAAAACACAGAUUAGGAUUGUAGUGCUGUGUUUUGUCCCCGCAGAGUUUCAGGUCACUAUUGGCAAGUUGGAGGCUGAAGUGAAGGAGCGCUCUGCUCAGGUCGAUGUCCUCACGGCUCAGCUGGAGGAGACCCAGGCGGAGAAAAGCCAGCUGGUACAGCAGGUGGCGUCCAUCAACACCCUGCUGGAAGCUAGUCAGACCAAAAAAGAGGAGGAGAGCAAUCAGGUAGGACUCCGAUUUAUCAGUUUGACCUUUUCUGGAGGGACUAAACCCUGACCGUGAGCGCUGACCUGUGAGGAUGUGUGUGUCUGAUUCAGGAGGUGAACACUGCAGAACUGGAGCAGCUGAAACUCAGGUGAGUGUUCAACAUCCUCAGGUGACAAAACGACAGAGACGCACAUAAAAAAAUCUGAUGUUUGAGAGUGAAGGAGUCUGAAAACAGCGUCUCAUUUAGACAAGAACUUAAGACAUUUCAUAGGACAACACACUGAACAAGAACUCAGUGGAGUCGCUGGUAUUUGUGCUCUGUUUCCUCCCACCUCUCAACAUAUCGAUUUCCUUCUGCAGCCUUCAGGGGAGAGACGAGCAGCUCAGCGCGCUACAAGAGGAGCUAAAGCAGCUGCAGGCCAAGCAGGAAGCUGCAGUGAGUUUUGCAAACAUAUUUUCUCAGACAAUAGUUGUCGCUCGAUUAUUCUGCAAAAUUAAACCCGGACAGUGGUGCACGGUCUGAAUAAUCUGCUUCUUCUGCAGGAGAACACUAUAGCUGAGCUGGAGCAGAAAGAUAAAAGGUACGGUGUCUUUUCGCCUCAUUUUUCAGACUCGUGUGUUACAGAUUUUUUUGCAUAUUUGUUCAUAAUUUGAUUAAAACGUGACUAAGUUGUGUUUCUGUUCUUUAGUGAGGAUGCCGGUCUCAUCACAUCACUUCAGGAUGAACUAAAAAACCUCAAAGAAGAGAUGUCACAACUCACCAGCACACCAGUAAGUCUACUUCUGAGUGAGUUACACGAUUUAUCUUUACGUCAUCUCUUCGGUAACAUCGUUUUUGUUCUUCUGUUUUCAGCAGUCGGAUAACUCCGCGGAGGUUUCACAGCUACAGACGAGGUAAACGAGCGAAGGCAGUAAAAGGGGAGAGAGAGAAUCAGGUGUUUUUUUUUUUAGUCCCAUUGUGAAUCUGUUUUUUGUUUCUUUGGCAGCCUGACAGAGAAGGACGCCCUCGUCACGUCACUACAAGAGGAGCUGAGAGAAGCGAGAGAAAAGAUGGGCACAGAUGCAGUAAGGCUCUUUAUACACUGAAAGCUUGUUAAUCAAGAACGAUCUACUUUAAAUAAAGUUCCUGAUUCAGUUUUUUUUGUUCUUUUAGCAGAACUCAGCGGCUGAACUCACAGCUCUUCAAACUCAAACCAAAGAAACGCUACAGACGCUCUUCCCACAGAUACCCGUCGGGACAGAGGAGGUCGGUUUAUAAAAGAAAGUCACUUUGUUUGAAAUAAGACCAAACUAAAUAAAACUAUAAAAGUCUGUAAAACUAAAGGGCUUCCAAUAAAACGUUUUAUUUAUAUUUUUUUAGCUAAAAUCAGAGUGAUGAACUUUUAAUUUCGAGGUUUUAACCCUGUGAUAGCUUGUUGCUCUCUCAGUUCUGCAGUCUGAAGUUUUUUGUGCUCCUGCCCCUUUAAUAAUAAAAUGCUAAAUAUCUGUUUCUUUCUGCCUGUUUAGUCUGACUGGUUACAAGUAUUCACACAGAAAGCUCAGGAGGCGCUCAGCCAGCAGAGCCAGGAGUCUCCGUCGAGCGCAGCGUCGUCUGUGAGUCCCACUUUCACGCCUCUGUGUCGACUCCAGAGAAACUCGUCUGUGAUUCUGAGUCCUGAUCGUGUUUCUCUUUGUGUUUCAGGAGUUGUUGGAGAAACUGAAGGAGGCGGAAGAGAGCCACGGGUCACUGCAGGCGGAGUGUGACCAGUACAGGACAGUCCUGGCAGAAACUGUAAGCGUCACGUUCACGUAGAGGUUUCUGUUUUUUAUAAAAUCGUUAUAAAGUUCAAAAGUUUGUUGAAGCUUUUCUUCUCUUUCAGGAAGGAAUGCUGAAACACCUGCAGAAGAGUGUGGAGGAAGAAGAGCUUGUAUGGAAGUCCAAGAUGGCCGACUCAGAGGAGCAGCUGAGGGUGGUGAGUUAAAAAAAAACAUUUUUGUGUUUUUUUAACAUUGUUUUGUCUUCAUUUUAACAUGUUUUUAACCUGCUCCUGAACACAUCCUCAGGCUGUAGAGAAGGUCGGCAAACUGGAGGCGGAAAACCAAAGUGUAGAACAGGUGAGGACUUCCCCACACUCAUUAUAAACCCAGGCUGCUUCAAAUCUGUGUUUUUGUAUGGAAGUAAAUCUGUGUCGUCUGAGUCUGAAUUUGAAUUUCUAAAGCUGAAAUUUUUUUGCAUCAAAAUCAGACUUUGAGUUUCAAAACCAUCAAAUUUCAAGCAAGAAUUUCUGACACUAAUUUUUUUUCACAACGAUGGAAUAAAUUUAAUGUAAUAAAAAUCGGUCUCACAAAAUACUGCUUUGGUGAAAAUUCGACUUUAAAAAAAAAUCAUUAAAAAAAAAAAUUCAGUGUCAAAAAAUUCAGUGUAAAAGAGACCGGCUGGAUGAUGAGUGAUUGAGCCAGGAAUCGAUUGCUUCUCCCUGGUUACCCGGAUGUUGAGUCGGUCUCUUUUACACUGAAUUAUUUGACACUGAAUUUUUUUAAUGUUGAAAUUUUUUUACAUUUUUUUUAAGUCGAAUUUUUACUAAACUAAUAUUUUUUAGAGAUUCCUUUUUUUUUUUUUUUUUUACACUGAAUUUAUUUCAUCAUGAAAAAAAUUAGCGUCAGAAAUAAAAAUGUGUGCUUGAAAUUCGAUGGUUUUGAAAGUCUGAUUUUGAUGCAAAACAUUUUCAGCUUUAGAAAUUCAAAUCCAAAAUCAGUUGGCACAGAUUGACUUCCAUAUUUUUGUUUAUUUUUGCGUACAGAUGAAGGAACAGAUGAUGCUGCUGGAAGCUCAGCUGGAGAAGCAGACGGAAAACCAGGGGGCCGCAGAGGAGACAGAGCAGGUACAGAAGCAGCUGUGAUCCAUAAACAUGACCAGUUUACCUGUGUGACACCUUCUCAUUUACCUGCUGAUUUCUGCUCCCAGUUGAAGCAGCAGCUGUCAGAGUAUCAGAGCCAGCUGGAUUUGGCCCAGAAGGAGGUCCAGGCACACAAGGAGGAGCUCACCCAGGUGACUUCUCAGACUUUACCUGUUUUUUCAUCCUUGAGGCGAUUAUGUACUCAUGCCCUGCAGAGGUGACGGCUUUAUGAGGGAGAUGAUAAUGAUGAGAUGUCACUUAUCAUGGGAUGUAAAGAUCUGUCCUGAACCUACACAGCCGGUUUGGUGAGGUGUCGGGUGUCACAGGGUGUAAAAAAAAAAAAAGUUAUGUAACGAGUCACCAGCGACGGCUUCCUGUUUCAGGUCAGAGAGCAGCUGAGCGAGAUCACGAUGAGGGCUCAGCGAGAGCAGAAUGGCCCAGCUGAGGCUCAACACAGUCAGGUCAGGGUGCGAAGGUCACAGGGCACCCUUCACUAUCUAAGGGGGGGUACUGGACACCGACUGGAAGAUUUUCAAUCAUCUAUAAUCAAAUAACCUUUCCAAUCAGCAUGAUUCAAUUCAACAUGAAUUUUAAAGAGCAACUUGCAGGUUGGAGACUUUAAUAAAACCACUAACAUCAAUUUUAGGCUGAAAGGGACGUUUUUACUUUGAACUGCAUGUUUAAAAUUCUAUUAGUUAGAAUUUAUAAGUCUGUCUCAACAACGCAAAGCAAUUCUUACCAGUGUCUUAAUUUAAGAAUCAAAUGAAUGCCAUGAAAUGCACUUAAAGGGAUAUUCUGGCGUAAAAUCAAUUUAAGGUCAAACCCACCGUAACACCGAGUUAGACCCCCCCUCCAGAGAUGAAUGUUGCCGACCGCUUGCUUCUCUAGUUAUACCAACUUUAGUAACGACAGCACAAUAGCAAUACAGAGAGCCACGCCCUCAACCAAAACGCCACUCUAUAACCACAAAUAAUCCUCAGAACAGCACCUAACUUCAUCAACAGGACAUAUAGGGUCACAGACAUAGUACUAGACACCAAACAUCUUUUUAACUUUGACUCAUUUAUUUAGCAAAGAGACUAAACACAACUCACCUACUCUCUUCCAGCAGCCACUGUACUAACCUCAGUAGAUCAUGGUAUAGUGCCGUUUAGUAACAGAACCUCAUUGGAAAAUUAGCUGAUUUAACUUUACUGUGCUCUUGUUCAAAUAUAUUAACUCAACAGCACAUAUAUCCAUACCUGUUAAUAAAAUCAUGAUUGUAUUGAUAAUUCGGCUCAAUAAAAACACCUUUAACUUUCAUUUUACUACAGUAGAAGUUUCUUGGCCCAGCUUUUAUAGACUACAGAAGUGGAGAAACACCCCCACUUAAGUUUGUUUUCUUAGGAGUUAGAACAACUCUGAAUAUAGUACUAUGUCUGUGACCCUAUAUGUCCUGUUGAUGAAGUUAGGUGCUGUUCUGAGCAUUAUUUGUGGCUAUAGAGUGGCGUUUUGGUUGAGGGCGUGGCUCUCUGUAUUGCUAUCGUGUGGUCGUUACUAAAGUUGGUAUAACUAGAGAAACAAGCGGUCGACAACAUUCAUCUCUGGAGGGGGGGUCUAACUCGGUGUUACGGUGUGUUUGACCCUAACUUAAUUUUACGCCGGAAUAUCCCUUUAAUAAUUCAACUUUAAGAGUCAUAAUUCAGAUAAAUGCUGCUCUGUAGCUGCACCUGAACUCCGACCCAGAGGCAGGAGACGGCUUUAAAGGGUUUUAUCCACAGGUCUGUGGGGAUUUGCAUGCUUCAAAUUACUUCUCUGUCGGUUACCCGCUGACCUGCGUGCUCACAGGUGACAGCUCGGACUGAAAGUUCUUUAAUGUUAUCAAGAUUUAGUUUGAUUAAAAAAGUGCAGGUUACUGUUGACUCAGUGUUUUAGAGGGAAAUGUGCGACUCAGAAGAGCGGUGAUGUUUUUCUUUCAUUGUAGCUCAAAGCAGGAAGACGCUGCAGCAGCCUUACUACAGUGUGCAUAGAGGGACAAAAUAACACACGGUUUAACAAAAGGGUAACUCAGUGGAGGAGGGUUCUAGAGCGCAAUCUGAGGUUUUUUUAAAGAGACAUUAACCGAAGUGUGUGAGUGAAUUUAAUCAUUAAAGUUUUAUUUAUUUUGCACUUUAAUUACAUUAAAUUCAAUAAACUAAAUACAGAAAAGUCAAAAACAGGUGAAACGGAAAAUAAACGUUUUUUUUAUUUAUAAAUAGGACUGAAGUUUAUGGAAACUUUGACAAAGUGUGAAAUAAUGCGAAUAUAGAACAGUUUUAGGACUUAACUAGGACCUGAAUGUGAGUAACCUGAUCGUUUUAACCUGCAAGUUGCUCUUUAUGGUUGAAUUUGUGUGAUUCUCUGUCAUUGACGACAGUGUCUUUGUGAUCUGUCUCCACACGUGAUCACAGCCGUGUCUUUAAAUCGAGGAUAUCACCUCAGUACACGGAUACUGGGUAACACAUGACGCGUGGAAAGCCGAGCAGUAUUUCCAGUCUUUCCAGUCCAGUACUCCUCUGACACUGUUUAUGCUAACCACUCUAACCACUUCUUCUUCUUCUUACCUGUUUUCCUUUGGCAUGCUCACUUCAGCCUCCACAUGCUUGUUUUGUACCGUUCUUCUCACCUGAGGUCGCUCCAGAAGGAACUAACAUGGCUCACUUGUUGAGCAACUUUUUGUGUGUGGGUGUGUGUUUUUGCUGCCGCUGCUUGGUCUGAGAAUAGUUUGCAUACAGUCAGAUAUAUUUUAGGAGAGUGUGUGUGUUUGUGCUUAUUGUGCAUUUGCUGUUUCAGGUCCAGAACGAGCUGAGUCAGACGACUGAGAAGCUGCACGAGGAGGAAGCUCAGAGGACGCAGCUGUCGGAGGAGUUUGAACAGGUAGGAGCCAUCGCCUGUUUGUUUCUGUUCAGCGAGGAGGGGGGGGACUCGUAAACUCUGUGGAUGACAAAAGAGUGUGUGUGCGUGUGUGUGUGUGCGUGUUUGUUGACUUCCAGGCCCAGAAGACUUUGAUAGAACUCCAGGCACAGCUGGAUCUCCUGAAGGUUUCUGCUGAUUCACCACAAGCAGACACAGAGGACGUCACUCAGCUAAAGGUGUGAAGUUUACCUGUGAUUUUGUUUCAACAUCCAACGCUGCAAUAAAGUGACGAUUAUUAAAGGUGGGGUAGGCAGGAAUCCGUUAAAGAAGCAUCUUUUUUUGAAGAUAAUGGUAUCACAGAGUUGUUCCAGUCCGGUUUCAAAGCUCUCCACAGCACAGAGUCAGCACUUCUGAAGGUGUCUAAUGAUAUCCUCUAGUCAACGGACUCUGGAAAGUUUGUCGUCCUUGUGCUCCUAGAUCUGUCUGCUGCAUUUGACACUGUUGACCACAGCAUUUUAAUAUCUCACCUGGAGCACUGCAUGGGCAUUAAGGGUUUCGUCCUGGACUGGUUCCGGUCGUACUUUUAACGGACAGAAGUUUCUGUGUUAAACUCGACAACUCUGUGUCGUCAACAGCUCCUCUUCCACAUGGGGUCCCCCAGGGCUCAAUCCUCGGCCCUCUUUUAUUUGCCUGUUAUCUACUCCCCCUUUGUUCUGUUUUUAGGAAACAUGACAUUAGUUAUUGAUGAAAUUUGGUAAUAUUUGAAUUGAUUAAAGGAUAGCCCCUUGAGAUGUAGCUCCUCAUUUUCAAGGGGGUCCCUAAACAAACAUACAUAGAACUCAGGACACAUCACAAUACAUCAACAUACAAAACACAAAUACAGACAUCUUACUCACCCUACUCCCACACACAACCCCAACCAACAUACGCCUAACAUACAAAGUAGAUGAAAAAUAAUGUGAACAUAAAUGCAGAAAAAUAAAGAAAAUAAAUCAGAAACAUGAGCAGUUUGUUUGAGAUGAGAGUAUAGAGCCAUUCGGAAGUGAUGAAAAGAAGUAAAUGAACACAAAGAAAGAGGUUUUUCCAACUGAAACGAUCUUUAAAGAUUCUAGAAACAAAGAAAAAAACGGGUUGUUCAGAUGUCUGAGAGGAUUCAAGGAAUCUUUAUUGUCCCCGUGGGGCAAAUCGUUUUACAGCCAGCAGUGCCACAAACAGACGUAAGACAACCAGCACAACAAUAAAUAAAUAAAAAAGUUCUUCAGUCUGUUUGUCCGACAUGUAGGCAGGACGUACCUGCGGCCUGAGUACGGGGAGUUGUGUGGGAUCAAGAGUUUUUUUUUUAAUAUGAAGGUCAUUGGAGAUAAAUACGUUUAAAAAGGAAAUGAAAAAACUGGUUGGGAGGGGAAGAGUUUACAUUCAAGAUUUCUCCUAAAAACUGGAAUUUCCUCAGAUCCUGACUGUGACCAGCACAAAAAGGGUCAACGAGCUCUUCUGUGCGAUCAGCUUGAAAAAAAAGGAUAUUCCUGACCACUACAUUUCUGAGUUGCUUCCACCUUUUGAAAACCACAGUGAGUAAAGAAGAGUGAAGCUCGGCUCUUUGAGUGAUCGUUGCUUCUGUUGUGAUGUUAGGAGCGCCUGGAGAAGGAGAAGAAGCUUUCCAAAGACCUCGGCCAGGCAGCCACCAAACUCCAGCAGCUUCUUAAAGCCACCCAAGAGCAGCUGACCAAAGAGAGGGACACUGUGAGAACACUACAGGAGCACCUGGACGGCAAGGUAAGCACACGCACACGCCGCUGAAGGCUCGUAUCGUCCCGCUGCUCUCGGACUAACUUUCUUCUUCUUCUGUCUGCUUUAAAGGGCGACUACGUGGAGCUGAAGGAAGGAACCUCCGUCUGAGAAGUUAACUGAAGACACUACAAAUAAACUGCCAAAUAUGCCUUAUGAUUACCAUAGUUAUGCAUUCCAAAACUAUUUUUCUUGUACUGUAGUCGAUUGCAUUUGUUGCAACAGUAGUAAUCAAAUGUUUGAUAUAAUGAACAUUUCAAAGUAGGAUUAGAGAAGGAAAUCCUGCUGCAAUCUUUAUCGAAACCCACAUUCCAUCAUGGAUUCUGGCUGUGUCAGAAGUUAUUUAUCCCCCUGCCUUAUAUUCCAAACAUUUCCCCAUAGUUCAGUGUUAAAAAGGGAAAACGAUUGUGCGUCAAACGUACAUCAACCUGUGCAAUUAUUACUAUGUAUGUCUUUUCUAUGUGGUUGAAUGAUGGGAACAUUUUAUGGUUCGAUGUGUCAUUACCUGUAGGGCCUGCUUCCCUCUCCAGCUGGCUGACAACACCAUGCAUCAAAUUUGUAUGAAUGAAUAAACAACAGUGUAGCUCUGCGUCUUUCCUG